GCAGCUCGGGGGGUGUUGACGGAACCCCUGCCAGCCGAGUUAGUGGAAGUCACGCAAAGCUCGGCCGAACAUCCUGUCGUCAACUUUCCCGAAGCGCUCCAGGCUUUACGUUGACAGAAGAUGUUUAACGUCAGAAAGCUUGUCAGUGGCCUCAUUGAUGUUGUCAGCAACAUCGACCCGGCCCAGUUCGUCCCUACUGAACCUCCUCCACCACGCAGACCGCUCGCAUACGCAGAGCAGCAUGAGAGCGACGAGGAGAAACAGUUCCGCCGAGUCUUCCAGCAGCUUGCUGGAGAUGACAUGGAGGUGAGCCCAAGUGAGCUGAUGAACAUCAUGAACAGAAUCAUCUCCAAACAUGGAGACCUGAAGACAGAUGGUUUCAGCAUUGAGUCCUGUAGGAGCAUGGUGGCAGUCAUGGAUAGUGACAGCACUGGAAAACUGGGCUUCCAUGAAUUUAAGCACCUCUGGAACAAUAUAAAGAAAUGGCAGGGAGUGUACAAGAGCCACGCUACAGAGGGCGAAGGUGUCAUCGGGGCAGAUCAGCUGCCUAACGCCUUCAGAGCUGCUGGCUUCCCUCUCAAUGAGGAGCUGUUUAAUAUGAUCAUCCGUAGAUACAGUGAUGAACAGGGGAACAUGGAUUUUGACAACUACAUCGGCUGCCUUGUCAGGCUGGAUGCUAUGUGCCGUGCCUUCAAAACCCUGGAUAAGGAUAACAAUGGGACCAUCAAAGUCAACGUUCAGGAGUGGCUCCAGCUGACCAUGUACUCCUGAGUCCCGGUGACGUCUCUUCUGCUCGUUUGACGGAACCACCUUCUUUAUCUACUCAAAACAAAAUACUUUAUCCAUCCUCCCUAAAUCUUCCAGCGCCUCUCAGCGGGUGCCGUCUGUGUGCAGGUUUGUGUGGAAUGCCAAUGCAAUGCAAUGUGGUGGAAUCCUCCAGUGUUCUAUGUUACUUGCCAAACAGAACUCGUAUAGUAUUACCAACUCAGAAAAGCACAAACCUGCACACAGAGUGGGACCCGUAGCUGAGGAUCAAACAUAAAUGCUACUGAAUGCUCUGGACUGGUAUGCAGCCUGAAUGAUGUAGUGCAGGGGUGGGCAAUCCUGGUCCUGGAGGGCCACAGUCCUGCAUGUUUUAGAUGUUCCCCUCUUCCAGCAGACCUGAUUCAAAAGAUCAGCUCAUCAUCAAGCUCUGCAGAAGCCUGAUAACCAUCCUGAUCAUUUGAAUCAGGUGUGUUGGAAGACAGAAACAUCUAAAACAUGCAGGACUGUGGCUCUCGAGGACCAGGAUCGGACACCCCUGAUCCACUUCAUGCCCUAAAGUCAAAACAGUAAGAGAAGAGGCAGACCAGCAAUAAGAUGGUUAACACUGUGGUAUAUGUGAAAACCCUAAUGUGAAAGCAGGACUGCUCUGUGGCUGGGGCUGGUCUCACCAAGACUACAUGCAGGAGGGUUGGGCGGAGAGAGGCCAGACUUAGUUUUGCAUUUCUGCUUUCAUUCUAAAAAUGUCAACAAAAAGAACAAACUCGCCACCUUAAGCCCAGUUCUCCUUCAGAACAUCCACACCUUUCCACAGCUCUGUCACCUUAUAGCAAACACAGGCAAACCCACUUCAGUCGUCACUGUAAAAAAUGAACCUCCAAGAGGCUCGGGUUUCCUGAAAUAACAGCCCCUUUAUGCAUGGCCACAUAACUGGUCCUCACAAGUAACUAACCAGGUAGGUGGACCCGGUCAUUGCAGAGACUUGUAGUGUGUUUAGAAUGAGUCAGCUUUGCAAACCUCUACUUGCUUCCACUCCUCGGUGUGUGGUGUCUUUUUGAAACCAGCCCUGGCUCCACUGACUGGAGAACUAAAACAAGAGUGUGGGAGAGUUCAGGAACUUUGGUUACUGAUUAAAGAGAAAUUAUGCAGAUAUCUGAUUUAUGGUACACCCAGAGCACAGCAGAGCAUAGUUUAAUUAUUUGUACACACUUCUGCAACAGAGAUGCACUGUUAUUGUAAAUGCAAAGCUGUCAGGAAUGUUCACAACAAGGCUAGAAAUGCAUAUGUAAAUCUACAGCUGUCUUCAUAGUGGCCUGAUUAUAUAGUAGUUUGUCGAUAUAUUCUGCUGCAUUCUCUGUCACUUUACUGAUCACUGUGUACUUAUUCAAAAUGCCUGCUCCAGAUAUUGUCAGCACAAUGUGUGAACUGAUGCCAUAUACAAGCCGUGUGUGUCACUAAUGCAUGCAGCCAGUCGUGAAGAUGCCAUUAUUAAAGGUUUUUAACCAUGUAGUUAUAGCCACAGUCAUUAAACUGUUACUGAAAAUGCUUGGUAACAUCAGUACCUGUGCCAUAUUUGGAAUAAAAGGCUAUAUACUAUAU